AUGGCAGCCAUGAGUGUAACCUCAGCCUCUCCUCGCCGCCAUCAUACAGAGCUUCAACCACUAGCCACCCGUCCCGGCACGCCAGUUACCCCCACGCAGAGGAGACCGAGCCAGUUUCUCGGGUCCAUGGUCAGAUCGACGCCAGCAGUCCCAAGUCCAAGUAUCGUGGCAGCACGUGCCUAUUAUCUCCAACACGCAACACCAAUUGGGCCAGAUACAGAUGCAUUGCAGAGGCGUAGAAGCUUAAUUGAAGAACAACUGCUUCCUCGCAGACACUCUGUUGUAUCUUCGACCAGUAACCUUGCAGAACAGCUGGAGAACUUCACAUUCUCAUCAGAGAGUCGAAGACUACAGACUGUACCAGAAGGAGAAGAAACACUUCCAAAGAUCAAGGUGGAAGAAUGCGAUGAUGUAGAUAUGAGGGAGAGCAUCGAGAGUGAUGAGGCCGAGGUCCAAUCAAAGUCAGAUCUGAUGUGCGGUACACCACAAGAAGUGCUUCGUCAAGUACCUUUCCAGUACACGCACGAUCAUCUCAGAGAUUGGGGAUACGCUUACCUUGGUAAGUCAGCGACAGCAGAUGCAUUUGUCAACGCAGUCGGCUUGCGAAGAUCAAAUUUAGCACCACUACAAGAAAAUGUAAAAUCGGGAUCCUCAGACCUCGUCACAAUUCGUGCAAGGGUGACACCAACAUCGAGAGAGAGGAAGCCGUUCUUGAUACAAAGACAAUUCGACAUUAAAGAGUUGCGAUCGAGUAUACCAGCACCAAAGAUGACUGGGGAGGUAUUGAACGGUAGUUCAAGGCAAUUGAGACGGUCAACCAGAGUCCGAAGACAAUCCGUACAGCCAGCUGCAGCUGAGACCCAGAGGAGAAAGAGCUUGGAUAUACCCAGGAACGAAGGUAUCGCUUCACUUAGCAAGGGCCCAGUACCUAUUCAUAUCGAGUACGCACUGCACUAUCUCCCAGUGCUUGCCGCAGUCAUGCUUUCAGGCCAUGUUCGCAAAGGCGAUACCAUUGAUCUACCCGUCCCACACCCUGCAGCCUGGCAUGAGGUAGUCACUUACAUCUACACCGGAAGCGGUACCCUCACAUCCGCUGCCAGGGAGAACAUCCUCUACCUUGCGGGACAUGCUUGA